AUACCUAAAAUUAUUUUCUUUUGCUAAAAACGUUGUUUCAAGAAGUGCCGAAAAUAAUCAAAAAUAAUGGUAUCCCUCAAUCCGGUUAGAAUUCUAAAGCAUGAAGCUGAAGAAGAAAAGGCUGAGUUAGCCCGUUUAUCAUCAUUCGUAGGAGCGAUCGCCAUUGGAGAUUUGGUCAAAAGUACUCUCGGACCUAAGGGUAUGGACAAGAUUUUAGUGUCACAAGGACGCAGUGCUGGCAGUGUUGAAGUCACAAACGACGGUGCUACUAUUCUCAAAUCAGUUGGAGUUGAUAAUCCAGCAGCAAAGAUUUUAGUUGAUAUGUCACGAGUUCAAGACGAUGAAGUUGGAGAUGGAACAACAUCAGUUACGGUCUUGGCAUCAGAGUUGUUACGUGAAGCUGAAAAACUCAUCGAUUUAAAGAUUCAUCCUCAAACUAUUAUUGCUGGUUGGCGUCGAGCUGCAAGUGUCGCUCGUGAAGCUCUGACAAAUUCAACCCAAGAUCAUUCAGAAGAUUCGGAGAAGUUUAAAGAAGAUCUAAUGAACAUUGCUCGGACAACAUUGAGUUCAAAGAUUCUUUCUCAGCACAAGGAAUACUUUUCAAAGCUGGCAGUAGAUGCUGUCCUUCGAUUGAAAGGUUCUGGUGAACUUUCAGCUAUUCAGCUCAUCAAAAAAAGCGGUGGAACUCUUGAAGACUCUUUUCUUGACGAGGGAUUUCUUCUGGAUAAAAAACCAGGAGUUCAUCAACCUCAACGAAUUGAAAACGCUAAAAUUCUCAUCGCUAACACUCCAAUGGAUACCGAUAAGAUCAAAGUAUUUGGAUCUCACAUCAAAGUUGAUUCAAUGUCGAAAAUAGCUGAUUUAGAGUUGGCAGAGAAAGAAAAGAUGAAGGACAAAGUGAAUAAGAUUCUCAAUCAUAAAUGUAAUGUCUUCAUCAACAGACAACUCAUUUAUAAUUAUCCAGAACAAUUAUUCGCUGAUGCCGGUGUAAUGGCUAUCGAACAUGCAGAUUUUGAUGGAAUCGAACGUUUGGCAUUAGUUACUGGUGGUGAAAUUGUUUCAACAUUCGACAAUCCUGAACUCACCCGUUUGGGAACAUGUGAUGUUAUCGAACAAGUUAUGAUUGGGGAAGACACAUUGUUGCGAUUCAGUGGAGUAAAAUUGGGAGAAGCUUGCACAAUUGUCAUUCGUGGAGCAACUCAGCAAAUUAUUGAUGAAGCUGAACGAUCAUUACAUGAUGCACUUUGUGUUUUAGCCGCGACAGUGAAAGAAUCGAGAGUUGUUUAUGGUGGCGGUUGUUCCGAGUCAUUAAUGGCUUGUGCUGUAUUAAAAGCUGCAACUGAAACACCAGGAAAGGAAGCAAUUGCUAUGGAAGCUUAUGCACGUGCUUUGCUCCAAUUACCUACCGUUAUUGCUGAUAAUGCUGGUUACGAUUCAGCUCAGUUAGUAUCGGAAUUAAGAGCUGCACAUUCACAAGGAACAUCAACAAUGGGAUUGAACAUGGAUGCUGGAAGAGUUGGAUGCAUGAAAGAGCUUGGUAUCACCGAAUCAUUCGCUGUUAAGCGUCAAGUUGUAAUGUCUGCAACUGAAGCUGCUGAAAUGAUUUUACGUGUUGAUGACAUCAUUCGAUGCGCACCAAGAAAACGUGUUCCAGAUCGUGGAUAUUGUUAAGAUACUCAACAUUUAUAAAAUUCAUUUCUUCUUACAAGUAUCUAAUUAACCCAUCCACCCACGUCAACAAAAAAAAACAUAAACAUUUGCACUCAACUUCUCUGCGUUCUAAUCAAUUUACAUAUUUUUUUGUUUCUUGCUUUCAAUUUACAUAAAUAUUUAACAUAACUAAUAAAUUGAAAAACU